CUUAUUUCUCUUUUAGGUGUAUAGAAAGGAUAAAGAUUGAAAGAACUAUGGUAUUCACAAUGGCAUGGAGUCUUUUACUCCUUGGUGCUCUGCUGCCUUCUUCUUAUGCCCAUACAGAUUUCUUCACGUCCAUUGGUCACAUGACAGACUUGAUUCAUACAGAGAAAGACCUGGUGACAUCACUGAAAGAUUAUAUCAAGGCAGAAGAAAGCAAACUGGAGCAGAUUAAGAAGUGGGCAGAGAAGCUGGAUAAGUUGACAGACACUGCAACCAAGGACCCUGAGGGAUUCUUGGGGCAUCCUGUGAAUGCAUUCAAGUUAAUGAAGCGACUUAAUACUGAGUGGAGUGAGCUGGAGAAUUUGGUCCUGAAGGAUAUGUCUGAUGGGUUUAUUUCCAACAUGACUAUUCAACGUCAGUAUUUCCCUAAUGAUGAAGAUCAGACUGGUGCUGCCAAAGCUCUUUUACGGCUCCAAGAUACAUAUAAAUUAGACACAGAUACUCUCUCAAAGGGAAAUCUUCCAGGAGUGAAACAUAAGACCUUUUUAACAGCUGAAGAUUGCUUUGAAUUGGGCAAGAUUUCAUACACUGAAUCAGACUACUACCACACAGAACUUUGGAUGCAGCAAGCUCUGAAACAACUGGAUGAUGGAGAGGUUUCUUCUAUUGACAAAGUCUCUGUGCUCGACUACUUAAGUUAUGCUGUGUAUCAGCAGGGGGACCUGGACAAAGCCAUGACACUGACUAAGCGGCUGCUUGAACUGGACCCAGAGCAUCAAAGAGCAAAUGGUAAUAUGAAAUAUUUUGAAUAUAUUAUGGCUAAAGAAAAAGAAUCAAACAAGUCUGUUCCCAAGACAAAUGACAACGCUGAGGAAGAGAGUAAGACUCAGAAAACAGACUCUUCCAAGAAUUAUCUACCAGAGAGACAAAAGUAUGAAAGGCUGUGUCGUGGGGAAGGUCUCAAAAUGACUCCUAGAAGACAGAGUAAAUUUUUUUGCCGGUAUUUUGAUGGAAAUAGGAACCCCAAAUAUAUACUGGGUCCUGUCAAACAAGAGGAUGAGUGGGACUCACCUCGUAUCGUUCGCUUCCUUGAAAUAAUUUCUGAUGAAGAAAUAGAAACUAUCAAAGAACUUGCAAAGCCAAGGCUGAGGCGAGCCACCAUUUCAAACCCCAUAACGGGAGUCUUGGAGACUGCACAUUACAGAAUUAGCAAAAGCCGAGCUACAGUACAUGACCCUCAGACUGGGAAACUGACCACAGCCCAUUACAGAGUCUCUAAGAGUGCCUGGUUGUCUGGAUAUGAAAAUCCUACAGUGGCUCGCAUUAAUACAAGAAUACAAGACCUAACAGGACUGGACGUAUCCACAGCAGAGGAGCUUCAGGUAGCCAACUAUGGCGUAGGAGGCCAGUACGAGCCUCAUUUUGAUUUUGGAAGGAAAGAUGAACCAGAUGCCUUUAAAGAGCUAGGUACAGGCAACAGAAUUGCUACGUGGCUAUUCUAUAUGAGCGAUGUGGCCGCAGGGGGAGCAACUGUAUUCCCUGAAGUAGGAGCUAGUGUUUGGCCGAGGAAAGGGACAGCUGUAUUUUGGUACAACCUUUUUCCAAGUGGUGAAGGAGACUACAGCACAAGGCAUGCUGCCUGCCCAGUACUAGUUGGAAACAAAUGGGUAUCUAAUAAGUGGAUCCAUGAACGUGGGCAAGAAUUUCGAAGACCGUGCUCUUUAUCGGAGUUUGAAUGAUAUGGACCUGUCUUUUGUGCUUCCUUUUGUGCCAGCUUCAUUUCCCUUCCACAUUGCCUUGAUUAACUCUGACAGUUUACAUUAAUACCCCCGUUCAAGUUUUGUCCCCAGUGCCAUCCAGUACUUCAUUUAUGGACAAAUACCUUCUCCUUUUAAAAAAGAGUUUUGCUAAUAUACCAAGUUACAUGUUUAUAGAGAGUGAAAGAGACUAUAUUUGAUUUUUAUCGUCUGCGUUGUCAUGACCAAAAAUCUUCUAUACAGACACUAUAAAUUUCAUUUUGCUGGUGGUAGAAUGAAUAUGGAAAAUAUAUCAUCAAACAAGGACUUUUGUUUGCUUGGAAGAUAAUAUUGUAUCUGUGUUUUCUACUCUAAUAUCCAGAUGUUCAUUGCUCUUCCUCCUUUUUUUUGGCAAUGCUUGACCACUGCUAUAAAACUGUGGACAGAGACUCCAAGCCAUGACUCAUGAAUAUUAGUGGCAAAAGUUCCCACUGAAUGCAGAGAUAAUAGGAGAUGGUCAUAGAUGGCAAUUCUUUUGCAGUAAGAUAUUGCCUUAAAAUGGUCUAUUUUUGGUUUGUUUUUUCUAGUGCUAUGGAAAUUCAGACACAACUGUCUUCCUUUUUAAAUAUCUGAACCUGGCUGGUAACCCUAAAGAAUGAGCCGGUAGUCCUAGAAGUAAUGGUGGUUUUAACAGUAUUGUAGAAAUUGCAGUAAUAUACUUAUGCAAUUACUAUGUACAUGAAAACAGGUCAACAAAAUUAAUGACUGGUGUUCCAGGUAUGAUUCAUUUUUAAUUGCAUAAUGGUUCAAGUUUGUCCUUUUAAAAAAAUCAUUGCUGCUUUCAUUGUUUUUUAUUCAGUAAUAACCCCAUGGAGAGACAUAAAUCAUGGUGCCUUAGAAUGGAAGUCUGAACUUUUAGAACCAUUUGUAUGAUGAGAAAAUGCACAGUUUUGUUCCCAAAAUGUCAAACUUUGUUUCCCAACUGAGAUGUUUUGUGACAAAGAUGAUAUAUUUAUAAUACUAAAUCUUUUGAAAACU